UUAUUGUGAUAGACGUAGGGUUCCUUUUAGAUUCAUUCUAUUUUACGUGUCGUGUUAUAUGCACGACACUAACUUAGCAAACUCACAACACAGUGCAAAGUCCAGAAAUCAGUCUAAUUUUUAUUUUAUUGAAAAUUUAUUUUAGAACAAAAUGCAGCCAUUAAGCCAACUUGCCCGGGCCACCCGUCCACUGUACCGUCAGCUGUCAACCACGCGCCCGGCAGCUGCGGCUCCAAAACCUGUCCCGACUACUGGCUUCUCUUUUGAGCUAACCGACGAGCAAAAGGCCCUGCAGGAGUUGGCCCGCAAGUUCACCAAGGAAGAGAUCAUCCCAGUGGCGGCGCAGUACGACAAGAGCGGCGAGUACCCAUGGCCCAUCGUCAAGAAGGCCUGGGAGGUCGGCCUCAUGAACGGACACAUCCCCGAACAUUGCGGCGGCCUAGGACUAGGGGUGUUUGAGAAUUGCCUAGUCGCCGAGGAAAUGGCGUUCGGCUGCUCCGGGAUCAUGGCAGCCAUUUACAUCACCGAAGUCGGACAAACACCCGUGAUCAUUGCUGGUAACAAGGAACAGCAAAAGAAGUACCUGGGCAGGCUGAUCGACGAACCGCUUGUUGCUGCUUACGGUGUGACCGAGCCCGGCGCAGGUUCGGACGUGGCCGGCAUCAAGACCCGGGCCGAGAAGAAGGGCGACGAAUGGAUCCUCAAUGGACAGAAGAUGUGGAUCACCAAUGGUGGUGUCGCCAACUGGUACUUCGUGCUGGCAAGAACUAACCCGGAUCCGAAGUGCCCGGCCAGCAAGGCAUUCACCGGCUUCAUUGUCGAGAGGGACUGGCCCGGAGUUACCCCCGGACGCAAGGAACAAAACAUGGGCCAGCGUGCGUCGGACACGCGCGGCAUCACGUUCGAGGACGUGCGCAUCCCCAAGGAGAACGUGCUCAUCGGCGAGGGCGCCGGCUUCAAGAUCGCCAUGGGCGCCUUUGACAAGACCCGCCCGCCGGUAGCCUCCGGUGCCACCGGGCUGGCCAACCGCGCGCUCCACGAGGCCACGAAGUACGCCCUGGAGCGGAAGACGUUCGGCGUGCCCAUCGCCAAGCACCAGGCCGUGGCGUUCAUGCUCGCCGACAUGGCCAUGGGCGUGGAGACCUCCCGCCUGGCGUGGCAGCGGGCGGCGUGGCUCGUCGACCAUGGUUUUAGGAACACGGUGAUCGCGUCAGUCGCGAAGUGCCACGCAUCCGAAGUGGCCAACAAAAACGCCACCGACGCCGUCCAGAUCUUCGGCGGCAACGGCUUCAACACCGAGUACCCCGUCGAGAAGCUCAUGCGUGACGCCAAGAUCUACCAGAUUUACGAGGGAACCUCCCAGAUCCAAAGGCUCAUCAUUUCCAGAGAGGUCCUGACCUCGGCCAAGGAACAGGCCUGAAUAUUGCAUUGAAGAGAUAAACACCCUUAAUCUUAUUACUAGAGUCAAGGUAAAUUUUCCCUUUAGUUAGCUACUAUGGAUUUAGAGGGACGUAAAUUGUGUACCUUUAUCAUGUAUCUUUAUUUCAACGGAUUGUAUUUAUAAUGAGCGCUGAAUAUAAUUGUGUAACGGUUUCUUGUAAAAGUAUUUUUUAUAUAAAUUGUUAUUUACUGAA